AUGUGGAAAUAUCUCCUUGGCAAGGUUUUCGUGACCACCGGCGGCAAGGCUCAGAACCAACAGCAAGCGACUAGUGAUAGUGAUACGACAACGAUGGCGACAGCGGUCGAAACACGACCUAGUCAACCUAGUGGUCUGAUGGGGCUGCUCGGCAUCUUUGGCACCAUGAAGCGACAAAUUUUCGGUCCCUGCUAUGAUCCGUACCAGCGGGACCAGGUAGCACAAAAAAAACAAGAACAAGAAGAAGCGCGUGACGAGCGACCAACCAAAGGAUGUUGGUCUCUUACCUCAUUGAUCGUGAACAAUAUCUCCACCAUGGCCUAUGAGCUCUUUUGGAACACAACAUCAGCACAACCGCCGGUAGCGGUAACAAGUUUCAACGAAAAACAGCAACAGCAUCACCAUUCGCGACGUCACUCACUCUUCCGUGGCCGGGAUAUUGACUUUACACAUUUCAAGACAUCGUCCGCUUGGGAAAACAGAAUGCAAGAGGCCGAACGGUUGAUUCGUGGUAUUUGUUUGCAAAACCAACAACAGCAACGAGACAGUAUAAACGAUCCCUCAGCAUGGGCUGUAAAUGCAGCCCUAGCCUAUCAACUUGCGCUCGAAGAAGACAAUAACAAAUGGGGCCUGGUGAACAAGGAGGAUCUCGAAGUCUGCUUCUUGGCACUCACGCCACCUCCGAAACCCAAACGCACUUACGUUACCAUCCCAGAAGCAUCUACACCACCAGGUGUACCUCACAAUUACCAGCAUCCACGCAAUCAUCCCCAUCUUUUUCAUGACGCAGUAGUACUAUCAUAG